AUGUGGCAAGCAGGCGUCGCUUGUCUAGUGCUGCUGGUACUACCAGUAACCGGGAAAGACCUGGUGGAAACCAGGGAGGAACUGCCCCAAGCCCAAGAACCAGACCUGGUUAAUUAUGACGACUAUAAUCCAUUUGGAGAAGAUGAAAAUGCUACUCCCGCAGUCCGAAGACCAGUAAAUAGAGCUCCGCCAAGUCGAUGCUUGGAUAUGGGACGAGUGUUCACGGACGGGGACACGUGGAAGAGAGACAACUGUACCCUCUGCCAGUGCUACAGCAACCGCGUCAACUGUUCCGUGCUACCUUCUUGUUUAUCAUCACCUACAACCAGUCGUCCACCACUCCCACCACCUGCAGUUGCACCUCAAUCAAGUAUUCCUGUACGGGGAAUGACUGGUGAUACCGGUGUAGAUGGGCCUCCCGGUCCACCAGGUGUACCAGGAGUGAAUGGUUUUCCCGGUGCCCCGGGUAUACCGGGUCCAAUUGGACCAAUGCCUGAUGUAAAUGCGUAUCUGGCUACAUUAGCGGCUGCAGCGGGUGGAGAUAAGGGGCCCGUGUUCGAUCCUUACCACUAUAUGCAGGCUUCUGUUGGGACUCCAGGAGUUAGGGGAAUACCAGGUCCACAAGGUCCCCCAGGACCUCAAGGUUUUCAAGGGCCUCGAGGAGAACCUGGCGAACCAGGUCUUCCUGGACCAAUAGGACCUCCAGGUGAAAGGGGCCCACAAGGAUUGCCAGGAAAAGAUGGAACAUCAGGCGAAGAUGGUGAACCUGGUCCACCUGGAGCUGCUGGUCAACCAGGACCUAGAGGCCUUCCUGGAUUAACGGGAAUUCAAGGUCUAAAAGGUCAUCGGGGAUUCGACGGUAAAGAUGGAGCUAAAGGAGAACAGGGUUUACCAGGCGAGAAAGGACCGACAGGCUUACCAGGACCAAUGGGACCUACGGGCCCGAUAGGUCCACUUGGUCCACGAGGUGAAAGAGGUCGAGAGGGUCCGCCUGGUACGCCUGGCAUGCGUGGAGUUGAUGGAGCUCCCGGACCACCAGGGCUUAUGGGCAACGUUGGCAAAACUGGAUCACCUGGUUUUCCUGGAUCACCUGGUUUAAAAGGUGAACAAGGUAUUUCGGGUCCUAAAGGCAGUCAAGGCAUGCAAGGUCCACGAGGAGAACCUGGAAGACCAGGACAGCCUGGUGAAGCAGGUCCUGUAGGUUUAGCUGGACGUGAUGGAAUACCCGGUGAGAAAGGAGUGCAAGGUCAAGCUGGAGCUGCCGGCCCUCAAGGUUUUCCUGGACCUAGAGGAACACCAGGCUUAGCUGGUGAUCCUGGGUUACCUGGAUCUAAAGGGAUGCCAGGACAACCAGGAGAAAGAGGAUCAAAAGGUGAAUCAGGUAUGAGAGGUGAACAAGGUGCUCCAGGACCACGAGGUUUACCAGGAACCAUUGGACCAGAGGGAAAAAGAGGGAAACGAGGCUUACGAGGCCCCGCAGGUAAUGUAGGACCUCAAGGAGAAAGGGGAUUACAAGGCUUAAGAGGGUUACCUGGAUUAGACGGUCCAUUGGGACCAAAGGGUCAAGCUGGUGAAAGGGGUAGUGUUGGCCUACCUGGACCAAAAGGAAGUAUCGGUGACGCUGGCAGACCAGGGCCACAGGGUCUUCCUGGACAGAGAGGUUUAAUGGGAAGACCUGGUAUAACAGGAAAGUCUGGACCUCCUGGCGAAAGAGGAAUUCCCGGAGCAGAUGGUAGACCUGGCGAACAAGGACCACAAGGUCUUCAAGGACCACCUGGACUUAUAGGUAGCCCUGGAGAAAGAGGUUUGCAGGGUGAACCAGGCAAAGAUGGUGAAACUGGUCAACCAGGACCUUCAGGACCUAAAGGAGAUGCAGGACGGGAUGGAAAUCCUGGUGCUCAAGGUCCGCAAGGACCUGUUGGUCCUACAGGUGAAAGAGGUGCUACUGGUCCUACUGGCCCAGUAGGUUUCCCUGGAAUGCCAGGAGCCGCAGGAGUACCUGGUUCACCAGGAAAAGAUGGAGAACCAGGUGUAUCUGGGCCCGCUGGACCACCUGGUUCCGUCGGGCCACGCGGUGAACGAGGUUUUCCCGGGGAAAGAGGCAUUCCUGGCCAAACUGGAACACCAGGUGAAAAAGGCGAAGCAGGAGCUCAAGGAUUAGAUGGCCCACCGGGUCCAGAAGGCCAAAGAGGUAGUAAAGGUCAUCCAGGUCCUAUUGGAGCUAUGGGAAUGCCUGGUCCACGAGGGUUAACUGGCAUGACUGGUGAAAAAGGAGAACGAGGGUCUGUAGGCCCACAAGGUCCAGAAGGACCAUCAGGCCGCCAAGGUGAACAAGGACCUCAAGGACCUGUUGGUCCAACUGGACCACCUGGUGAACCAGCUGAACGUGGUGAACCUGGUACACCUGGACUUCCUGGAGAAGCGGGCGCACCUGGUGCAACUGGAGAGCGAGGCCAACCUGGUAUGCAAGGAACUUCUGGCUUGCCCGGCUCGCCAGGCUUAACAGGCAUGCCAGGCUUAAAAGGUGAUCGAGGAUAUGCAGGAGCCAAAGGACAACAAGGGGCUACUGGAAGUCCAGGUAUACCCGGAGAGCCUGGGCAGAGAGGUUUACCAGGACAAGUCGGAGCUAAAGGUGCACGAGGUGAACAGGGAGCUAAAGGAGAUAUUGGACAUAUUGGGUUACAAGGAAGGCCAGGAGACAUAGGACCGCAAGGACCACAAGGAAGCCCUGGGCCUGCUGGCGCACCUGGUAUUCCUGGUGCUAAAGGAGCUACAGGAGAUUCAGGUAGACCCGGUCUCCCUGGUGCACAAGGCAUGACUGGGCCGCAGGGACCUGAAGGUGCUAAGGGAGAAAGAGGAAGUGAAGGAGAUAUUGGACCACAAGGUCCACCUGGUACACCUGGUCCAGCUGGAGAAAGAGGGCCAAGUGGUUUACCUGGAUUGAUUGGAGCUCCUGGGCCGCAAGGGUUAAGAGGCGUACAGGGAGAAAGCGGUUCUCCUGGCAAACCAGGUGCUGAUGGAGCAAUGGGGCCUAUUGGACCAUCAGGACCUCAAGGACUUCCAGGUCCGAUGGGUGAACCAGGACCAGAAGGUCGACCGGGUAAACUUGGCCAACCAGGAAUUCCGGGCCGACCAGGAGAUAAAGGACCUGUUGGUCAACCAGGACAAACUGGCCCUCCCGGACCUCCUGGAUUACAAGGUCCCUCUGGUCCAUCUGGACCACCUGGCCCUGCUGGUGAAAGAGGAGCUAGAGGUGAAACUGGGCCUCCAGGAGUUGAUGGGCCUCAAGGGCCUUCUGGAAAACAAGGGCCACCUGGUUUAGAUGGUAUAAAAGGAGAAAGGGGUGAAGCUGGUGCAGAUGGUGCGAAGGGUCAUGCAGGAUUACCAGGAAUGCCUGGUUUGGUGGGUGCUCCUGGAAGAGCUGGUGAUAGGGGGAUACCAGGACCUAUGGGACCACCAGGAAAGGAUGGAGACGCAGGACCAAGAGGCUCACCUGGCCGAGAUGGAAGUCCUGGUCUACAAGGACCAUUGGGCCCACCUGGCGGCCGCGGUCCACCAGGUGAACCUGGGCGUCAUGGCACUCCUGGAACGGUUGGCCCACCAGGCCCACCUGGCCCACCUGGUGAAGGUCUGGCGUAUGAUGCUGCUGCUAUUGCUGCAAUGCUUCAACAAGGCUCUAUCAAAGGCCCCGAUCCAUUAGGUGAUGAUCCCAACAUUAUGCCACCACGGUUCUUCAAAGAAGAUAUGACACUUGAAGAAAAGAAGAAAAUAGUAAUGAAAGCAUACGAACAGCUUAAAGUUUCACUUGACAAAUUUUUGAAACCUGAUGGUUCUAAAGAGGCUCCUGCGAAAACAUGCGGAGAUAUUAAAUAUCAUCAUCCAGAAUUUGAAAGUGGUCAAUACUGGAUAGACCCUAACGGAGGAGACAUGAAUGACGCGAUCCUUGUACACUGCGAUAUGCCAACUGGGGCCAGCUGCCUGUUCCCCAAACCGUUGAUGUCAGAAGAACUCACGCAUUCUGACAGGAACGAGGCCUGGCUUAGCGACAUGGAAAAUGGAUUUUCGAUUUCUUACAAAGCGGACCACAGCCAGAUCACAUAUCUCCAGUUACUGUCUCUCAAAGCGGUCCAAAAUGUGACACUUCACUGCCGCAACACAGUCGGCUAUUACGAUCCUGCCUCUAGGAACUACAAACAUGGACUCAAAUUGUUAGCUUUCAAUGAUGCUGAAAUUCUACCAAAAGCGAACAACAGACUGAGAUAUAAGGCUCUACUUGAUGAAUGUCAGUACAAAAAGCUGGAAUGGGCGAAGACUAUAGUCGAAUAUGAAACUGAUAAACCGAACCGUUUACCACUAACCGACGUGGCCGUGCGAGACGUGGGCAGGCCUCAGCAAGCGUUCAAAAUUGAAUUAGGACUCGCAUGCUUUAGU